UCAGUACAUGCUCGCAGUUUAUGUUUAACAACGAAUAUAAGUGCACCACUGUAAAAGUUUUUUGUUUAUUAGAAUUGUUUUGUAUCAUUAAAUUUUUUGUUGUAUAAUCGGUGUUAUCAAUUUAUCAAAUUUCAGCAUUUUUUCUAUUAUACAUUGGUUAUAGCAACAUUAAUAAUCAAAGUUGAACUUCUGUUUCUGCGUUUCAAGAUUAAAAGGAGAUUAAUCUUUAAAAAAUUAGAAAGUGUACAUAAUCACAUAGAAUAUAUUACUAAGCAUUUGAGAUCCUGUUAUGAUCAUUCCUUGGCCUACUUUCAGUUUUUGUCUUAUACAUGUUACUGUCAAACAUUUAUUGAAAUAAAUGUAAAUUAAUUCCUCUCUAAAAGAGAAAUAUAGUUUUUGAGUAACAUCGUUGGAUCGCAUUCAGAAUCUCACAUUUGUGACGAAAAACUUGGACAUUUUUGACAAAAUGGUUAACCAUGACUCGAAGGAAUUUACAGUGGAAAAUGGAAUUUACAAAGGGCCAGUAAAUCUUAAUUUUAGUAACUACAAAAGUGUCGGAGAAUUAUUGUGGAAUAGCAUUAAAAGAAGUGGAAAUAAAAUUGCACAUUUGGAUGCACUUACUGAAGAAACGGUCACGUAUGCAGAGCUUCAAGAUAAAGUUGUGAGAUGUGCCUUGUGGCUGCAAAAGCAAGGAAUCAAGUCUGACGACGUUGUCACUGUAUGUACGAGUAAUCAUCUUAAUUCCAUCGUGCCCUGUAUUUCGGUAGCUUAUAUUAAUGCAAUUUCUAAUCCGUGGAAUGAGUCCAUGAAUUUGCAAACUGCCGUGCAUUUAAUGCAACUGACGAUGCCAAAGAUCAUUUUCUGCAGCGAGAAAUCCAUAGAUGUUAUAUUAAAUGCGAUGAAAGAGAAGAGUUAUAAGCCCAAGUUGGUAGUUUUUGGCAAGCACGUCGAUGCGAUUUCGUUCUCAGAUAUUUUAAAAAAUGAUAAUGAUACGGAAAUAGCAAAUUUCCAUUAUGUUGAGCUCGAUGACAUCAAGAAAACAGCUUGCAUUUUACAUUCAUCCGGUACUACAGGAAUGCCGAAAGGCGUCGAAUUGUCCAACUAUUCUGUAUUAAGUGUCAGCGCGGAUAUCGUUUUGGAUUUGAAUAACGUGCCAGCACUUUGGUUUUCUUCUCUUUAUUGGAUAAGUGGAAUAAUGAUGAACUUCUCAUCAAUUGUGCAAAGCGCAAAAGUCAUUAUUUAUCCAGAAUUUGACGAAGAGAUGACUUGUCGUCUAAUCGAAAAAUAUAAAGUAGCAGUAAUUUUUCUUGGUACAAGUAUGAUAAAUCGAUUUCUUAAAGCAGAAUCUAUAAAGAAAUAUUCGUUAUUAUCUUUGAAAGUUAUACUUGGCGGUGGUGCAAUAAUAAAACCAAAAGUGCAAGAAGAAUUGAGACGUACUUUACCGCAUGUCGAAAUAGUGCAAGGUUACGGAAUGACGGAACUUAGUGGUAUUGUAACAGUGCAACUAAAAACACAUCACAAAGACGGAUCUUGCGGAGUAGUAACCAAAAAUGUACAACUAAAGAUAGUGAAUCCAGAAAACGGGAAAAUACUUGGUCCAAAUGAACCGGGAGAAAUAUGGAUAAAAUCUGCAAUUAUGAUGAAGGGGUAUUACAGAAAUCCUGAAGCAACAAGAAAUACAAUUGAUGAGGAAGGAUGGUUGCACUCAGGUGAUAUCGGUUAUAUAGACGAAGACGGAGAAUUAUUUAUUAUUGACAGAAUAAAGGAACUUAUAAAAUACAGAGGAUAUCAGAUCUCUCCUGCAGAAAUUGAAAAUGUUUUAUUAACGCAUCCAGCAGUUCUAGAAGCUGGAAUAGUCGGGGUGCCUCAUUCAUUAGAUGAUGAACAUCCUGUAGCUUAUGUCAUCAAAAAACCUGGCGCCCAGGUGACGGAACAGGAAUUGAAAAACUAUGUGGCCAAAAAUAUGAUGGAUCAAUACAAACUACGUGCAGGAGUAAUAUUUCUAGACAGAUUACCAUAUACGGGUUCAGGAAAAAUUUCAAGAAAGGAUUUGAAAGAAAUGACUAAAAGCCUGAUAAAGCCUGUUGAUUAAUUGUAUAAUUAUAUUUUUUUAAAAAGUAAAAUUUAAAUAUAUAAGUACUAUAAUUAUAUAUA